ACUCUGCCUACCAAAGUCAUCAUCUGCAAGAGCCGCAAACAACCACCACUGGCGCUCUUGUCCCCCUGGUCCCUAGACUCCCUCUGUUCCAACCUCAGCGGGGUCAGGGCUAGUGACACAAGUGAGGCCGACCUCGUCAUUUCAGUCUCCGAUCAGGGCACUGAUGAUCAGUGUGCCCUGAUGAUCAGUGUAGCCCCAUCAGUGCCUUGUGUCAGUGCUCAUCAGUGCCUCGUGCCAGUGCCCAUCAGUUCCACAUCAAUGCCACAUAUCAGUGCCUAACAGUGCGCAUCAAUGCCACAUAUCAGUGCCCAUCUGAGCUGCCUUUCAGUGUCAUCCAUCAGUGUCUGUCAGUGCCACCUAUCAAUG